ACCUUGGCGCCGUCUUCUCUCCGCGCACGCCCUGCCCCGAAGCUCCUCCGUCACACCCCUCGCCCCCGUCUCUGACAGCGUCUCGCGCGUCUCUCGCUCGUCUUCCCCGCCGUCGUUAUCAUGGCCACGUACAAGCUCGUGAUCGUCCGCCACGGCGAGAGCACCUGGAACAACGAAAACCGCUUCUGCGGCUGGUUCGACGCCGACCUCAACGACAAGGGCCUCAUGGAGGCGAAGCGCGGCGCCGUGGCACUCAAGGACGCCGGCUUCAAGUUCGACGUCUGCUACACGUCCGUGCUGAAGCGCGCCAUCCGCACGCUGUGGAUCGUGCUCGACGAGAUCGACCAGAUGUGGCUGCCCGUGGUGCGCACCUGGAGGCUCAACGAGCGCCACUACGGCGGCCUCAUCGGCCUCAACAAGUCGGAGACGGCCGCCAAGCACGGCGAGGCGCAGGUGAAGAUCUGGCGUCGUUCCUUCGACGUGCCGCCACCCCCCAUGGAGUCGGAUCACGCUUACUUCAAGGCCAUCGCGCAGGACCGGCGCUACAAGGACCUCAAGGCCGAGGAGCUGCCCAAGUCCGAGAGCCUUAAGGAUACCAUUGCUCGUGCGCUGCCCUUCUGGAACGACCACAUCGCGCCGCAGAUCCGCGCGGGCAAGCGCGUGCUCAUCGCUGCGCACGGCAACAGCCUGCGCGGCAUCGUCAAGCACCUGGAGGGAAUGUCGGAUGCCGACAUAAUGGAGCUGAACCUGCCAACUGGCAUUCCCAUCGUUUACGAGCUGGACGCCAACCUCAAGCCCACGGGUCCUCGCCAGUUCCUGGGGGACGAGGAGACCGUCAAGGCAGCCAUGGCGGCCGUGGCGGCCCAGGGCAAGGCCAAGUGAGCGGCGCCCACCCAUGCCGAGGGCCAUGCCGCUGGAUCGCCGCACGCAGGCACACGUGGGGGAGAAAGGCGGCGGGCACGUUGCUCACCCUGGUGGGAUGUGAAGCAUGAAGUCAAAGCUAGGGGCUUGGCGAAGGGGGGGAGGGAGAGGGCUGGGCAUUAGCGGAGACACUUAUUCACGUCAGUGGUGCACCCAAGGAGCAAAAGAUAGGAGCAGGCUGCAAAUGGAUUAAGAAUUUGUUUGAAUGCAUAUGAUCUAAGAUUGAAUAACGCAAUAUUAAAAUGUCUAAUAUAAAAUAUACAUUAAGAGUUAUUUAGACUUUUACAUUUAUGAAAAAUUUAAGAAUUUCACUGACCUCGAAGGGCAGAUUGAACAUUUCGGGGCGGUGGGGGGAAAUCUGCUCCUUUUGCCCCCCCAACCCUGGGUGUGCCUCUGGUUGGCGUGACCCGCCAUCUAAUAAUGUGUUUUUGUGUCGUAGUCCUCUUGCACCCGGACCCGUUCCUUUUAAGGCAUCGCACCCUCGUGGUACAAUUACACGUGUAAAAAAGUAAAAAACACAAGCGCAAGUGACACGCUAGUUCAAGCGCGCUAUCGGUAACGUUCAAAGUGUGCGUAAACGUGACCCGGUUUUCGGACGCAAGUUCACACCAGUCGAAGAUUUGGUUCGAAGUCGAUGUGGAGUGCAAAUGAUACUUGUUUGCGAGUCUGUCGUAGUUCAGUCAGAUUAAUGUUGAUAUAUAAAGGGAAAGCACGGGAACCAUUUCCUUGACUUAUUUCACUAAACCAUUGUCUGCAAUGGUUGCUGGCUUAAGUUUUACACUGUCGGUCUGGUCGUUUUACUUUCGUAUUUAUGUGUGUCCUGAAGUCGCUAAAUGCUUGUAAUGCUUCAAAUGCAAUCCUAAAUUAAAAAGAGUGAAUUUUGCUGUC